UCAAAUGUGGCCCAUCUCGCGGAGGAGGAGCUAGUCUCAUGCGCCAUGCCGGCCUGAUUCGAUUCGAGUUGCGGCAACAGUUCAUCAUCGCAAUCCCUGAUCGAUCUCAUGAUCGGAUUCAUUGGCGGAGGACAUAAGAGAUGCUUCCUCAUAAACAAUGGAAAUUCUUUGCGGCUUUGGUGAUUUCUGGCCUUGUGCUACUACAAGCAGGACCGGUGGUCAGCUCGGAUCAAGAGGUUACUGCUCUUGCCUCUUGGAAGGAAAGCGUGGCCACUUCUUCUUCGAAUGGGAACAAAUUGGCUACAAGAGAAACGAAGGUUUGCUCUAGAAUGAACAUAACCGGCCAGAGAUUCAUCGUCCGCGGAGUUUUCAGACGUGACAAGAUUGCCAAACAGCCGCCAGCAUUAGACAUCUCGAUCAACUCAAAACUACUCCGCAACGUCGACACGUCCAAGGAUCUUGUCAUCCAGGUUCCUCUUGAUCCCGCUAACAGCACUCUACUUCUUUACUGUUUGAUGCCAGCUCCAAGCGGCCUCGUGACAACCAUGCCGACUCUGGAACUGUUUCUCGCUCCAAAAUUCACUUACAGCCGGUUUUCUUCCAGAAAGCUGCUUGAAAGACCACACCAAAGUCCUUUAUCCAUGCUUGGACUUAUGAGCACGGUCCUGAUAUCUUUGACAUCGCUGACUAUGGUCACGGCACUUUGUAUCACUAAGCUGUUUCGAGCACUGAGGGGAACCCCGCCAGUGGAGCCUCAGUCUUCUCCGAGAAUUUAUCAAAGGAGCAUGGAGCUGAAAGUAAACAAAGAACCAAUCGCCAUUAAGCAGUACAUGCUGAAAGAACUGGAAGAAGCAAUCGGGAUUAAGAUAGCUGAAGGUGGAUUUGGAUAUGUGUACCGUGGGACGCUGAUUAACAGACAGGAGGUGGCGAUCAAAGUGCGAUCAUCAACUUCAUCACAAGGCCUACGUGAGUUCACUGCUGAGCUUACGCUCUUAUCCAAGAUUAGACACCCGAAUCUGGUUCCUUUGCUUGGCUACUGCACGGAAGGCCAACACGAAAUGCUCGUCUAUCCUUACAUGUCAAAUGGUACUUUACAAGACCGACUUUAUGGCGAGGCAGCAACAAGAAAGCCGCUCGAUUGGCAAACCAGAUUAUCUAUCGCGAUAGGAGCUGCUCGAGGGUUGAACUUUUUGCAUACGAGUGGCCCGCGUCCCAUCAUUCACAGAGAUGUAAAAUCGAGUAACAUUCUCCUCGACGACAGCAUGAACGCAAGAGUCGCGGACUUCGGUUUCUCGCGAUUUGCACCUCAGGAAGACGACAGCCUCGUCUCGGUUGAAGUUCGAGGAACGACUGGUUAUCUUGAUCCAGAGUACUACAUGACACAGGUGCUCACUACCAAGAGCGACGUCUUUAGUUUUGGCGUCGUAUUGUUGGAGAUCGUAUGUGGUCGCGAGCCUCUGAACUUACGCCGUCCCCGUUCAGAGGCCAGUUUGGUUGACUGGGCCAGGAAGUCCAUAAGCGAAGCUAACAUUCAAUCGAUCAUCGAUCCGAGCAUCAGCGCUAGCUACACACCGGAGGCAAUGUGGAGAGUAGUGGAGGUGGCUUAUGCAAGCGUGGAGACCUGCUCAGCACGUAGACCGGACAUGGCUGGUGUCGUGAAGGAGCUCGACGACGCUCUUAUAAUCGAGAACAACGCGUCCCAGUACAUGCUUUCAAUGGAUAGUAUCGGAUCAUUCCGGAGGUCGUCAAGCAUCAAAGCUUUUCCGGUGCCGUUUGAUCCUUCUCCUGCGUUCUCGGAAACGUUGGACUCCCCGCAUCCCCGAUAGACUUAAUUACCGCUUGUAUACAUUGAUCACGACGAGGUGGAAGACAAGAAAAGUAAAAAGACGAGCAAAGCAGCAGCUAUAAGUUAUCGAGGAUAUGGACCACGGCGCGAAUCAAGUUCUUCGAGACCGUGUAGAGCGAAAGUCCCAGCAGCUUUCCAAGAGCAACGAGAAUGCCAAGUGUGUUGUCAAGAGCCGUGUGGACGUCACCAAUGAACUCGCGGACAGCUCGAGCUAGAAACGAGACAAGCAGCCUCCAGAUCUCGACAACCAACACGAGCAGCACAGAUGAGAUCCGGACGAGGACGGCGAGCAGCGCAUCAAGCAACGCAUCGAAAAAGAUCUCCAUUGCACGAAUCAAGAGCUUGGCUGCUCGCAGGACGAUCGUGACCAAGCCCCUCAAGAGAUGGAUCGCAGCUAGCAGGACGAUGGAGAGCGACUGGAGGAGCAAGCUGCUGACCAAGUCGACGAUGGAUACCAGCGCUCCAACGACGAGAUCUGCCACGAAACCCAUCGCAGCAUUGCUGAUCUCUGGCUAGAAACAUCGCAAGGAGCAAGCAAGAGAGCGAUUGAUCCCGCGGAAGUUCUUCUUUUAAACUUCGGCAAUGAUGCACGAAGAGAGAACUUGGCUUCGAAGAAACAACCAAAGAGAAAAACUAUACUAAGUAUAAACACUCCCAGUACCCUGAUCGAAGGAGAAAAUUCUUCUA